UCACUUCCGGGUUUCUUUUUUUCCCCUCUGAUUCAAUAUGGUAGACGAAGCAACUCGCCGGGUGGUGUCACAGAUUCCAUUGCUGAAAACUGGAGCCAGUCCCAGGGAUAAGGAGCUUUGGGUUCAGCGGCUAAAGGAAGAAUAUCAAGCCCUUAUUAAGUAUGUUGAGAACAACAAGAAUGCAGAUAAUGACUGGUUUAGAUUGGAGUCUAAUAAAGAAGGAACCAGGUGGUUUGGAAAGUGCUGGUAUAUACACGACCUUCUGAAGUAUGAGUUUGAUGUUGAGUUUGACAUUCCUGUCACGUACCCCUCAACAGCUCCUGAAAUCACUCUUCCAGAGCUCGAUGGCAAAACAGCAAAAAUGUACAGAGGUGGGAAGAUCUGCCUGACUGAGCACUUCAAACCCUUAUGGGCACGCAAUGUUCCUAAGUUUGGGCUGGCACAUCUCAUGGCAUUAGGGUUGGGGCCUUGGUUGGCAGUGGAGAUUCCAGAUCUCAUCAGCAAGGGACUGAUUGAACAUAAAGGGAAAUGAAUUUGAGAUUCCAUAAGAAGAAACUCUAGUAAAGAAUAUCUCAUCUAUAAUGACUGACACCAAGGCAUUAGAGGGGAUACCAUAUACCAAUGAUAUUUAACACAGUCUGGGUACCGUACCCCACCAAGGAACCUAAAAACUCUGCUUGUAAAAAGACUUUAUUUUAACGAUUAUUUGAACAAAAGGAACCUAAAUGUGCAUUUUUACCAGUGCCAUCAUGACCUUCAUUAACAUCACAAUAAAUACAAUGCUUACAGCA